AUGGCGGUGAAACAGCUACCCAGGCUUCGCUGGCGGCGGUUUAUAAUGGCUUACAUUAUUCCAGAGGGUCAACAUUUUCCUGCAAAAGUGUCAAACUUUUCCCAACCGGAUGUAGUUAUUUGUAAUAUCAUGGAUAAGUUAAAUGAGGAUCAAUUGGAGACCUUUAGUAGAUCAUGCUUUGGCAUGUAUCUUCGUAUUAAGAGCCUAACUUUUUCCUGGCAGAUUGUCCAUCAGCUAUUGUUAAGACAGGUUGAAUCAUCCAACCAUAGUUUUGGCACAACUUUCAACUUCAGGUUGGCUGGAAAGCAAGCCGCAUUUUCAUUUGAAGAUUUUGCGCUUGUUAUUGGAUUAGUGUGUACUGGAAUUCCACCCAUUUCUUCACUUGUUGAUACUAGCACACAAAGGCUAAGGGAUGCUUAUUUCAAGGGGAAUAAUAGCAUUAAAAGAUCUGAAUUAGAGAGUACAUUUUUGGGUCUAAAACCUCAGCUUGACAAUGAAGAUGACGUUGUCAAGUUAGCUCUUGUUUAUUUUGUGGAGUUUGUGUUGCUUGGUAGAGAGCGUAGUAGGAACAUUUCUGAUGUGGCAUAUCUCCAAUUGGUUGAAAACUUGGAUGAAUUUAACAAGUAUCCAUGGGGAUCUGUCAGUUAUACACGUACCUCCAAGUCACUUGCAGGAGCAAUGAAAGGACGUGUUCAAAAUUUUUUAAAAAAGACUAUAAAGCCAACCAAGACUCAGAAGGAGCAAUACAGUCUCUAUGGAUUCCUGUUAACUCUACAGAUAUGGAGUUAUGAAGCCAUUCCCCUUAUCGGAAGGGCAUACGCACAGAAAGAUCCAGAAAUUCAAUAUCCAAGGAUAUUGAACUGGAGUACAUCAAUCACUCCUGACUCAACAGAACUCAUCCUAAGUGUUUUUAGAAGGAAGCAGCUUCAAGUACAUGGUCGACUUAUCCCAACCCAGUUGGAGAUGGCACAAGAAUACUGCAAAAAGACUUUCGAUGUACUAAAAAAUGUUGUGGGAACAAUGAUUGUCAAAGUUAAAAAAAAAACGCCAAAGGUUGUUAUAGAUGAGAUUGAAGAGGAAGAGGAAGUUCAAACACAUAGGGAUAUUCCACCUGUUACAGAGAAAUAUGUUUUAAGGGAUAAUAUUGCAAACAAGAUUGAUGUAUUUGAUAGUUUGCUUAAGGAUCACUCCAAGAAGCAUAAAGAUCUGAAGGUGGAAGUGUGUUUGAUGUUGCAAUUCAUUGAAGAAUCCAUGGGGACUCUUCUAGAAGUUGUUAAAAAACAAAAUGCAGGAAAUGAGUGGGAUGGGAAUGGGGAUGUGAAUCAUGUAAUAAAGGAUGGGGAUGAGAAUGCCACUGAUGGUCCAAGGACUACUGGAAAAGAUAUUGCAGAGCAACAUCCUUUAGGUCAAAUUGAGCAUGAGGCUGAUAAUGCAGGAAAAUACGGGGAUGGGGAUGCCACUGAUGGUCAACUGCAAAAUAGGGAGGCUGUAAUAUUUGUUGAGUCCCAGGAAGUUCCUGUGAAAAAUAUAGAGGAGGCUGUUAUGGAGGGUGAGGAUGCUGUUAGUGAAGAUGUUGUUAGCCCAGGUGCAGAAGACGAUAUUAUUUCAAUGGAUAUAGCUGCCACUAGUUUAGGAACACCAAAUAAGAUGGAUAUGGGCACUGAGGGGGUGGAGAUUAUCACCCCAUCCAAAUUCCCAGUUGCAAAAGAAGGUGGGGUAAUUCCUUAUGUCUCAAAUAAGGAAAAGCGCAAUAGAAAGCUUGGGUCAUUAUUGAAAACACUCUACACCAAUCCCACUAAAAACAAAAAACUGAUUCAUCCUCCACGGUAA